UAUAAACUUUUUAACAGCUGCGGAUUGUAUGUCUUAAGUUGUGCUGCUUGGUUUUGUUUGUUUGGCUUUGUUUGCCUUGAAAGAAAAAAAAAAGAAAAAAAAGAAAAAAAAUUAGAGCUUUGCAGCAAUAAUUCGCACUUGAAUGCAUGUACAAAAUCGAACCCACAAUCACUGCACACUCCUUGUCUGUGUGCGAGAGGAACCGACCAUAUUAAUUUCAGAGACCUGAUUGUACCGUCUUCUUCUUCAAUGUUAGCAGCACUAAAUGCCUUUCCAGUUUCUGUUCUUCCUCUUCAACCACCCCUGACCUCCAUUAUUAUACUACUCCUACUUCACUUCUUUAAAUUCCAAACACACAUUUAUUUAUAUAUUUUAAUCACUCUCUCUUCCCAAGGUUCUUCUCAUACAUCCUUUCUUUCUGUAACCGUCUUUCAAUUUUCCUUAUUGGGCUGUUCUCUGUUUUUCCACAAUAUCUGAGACAGAACAUAGUUUGUUCGUUCAUGUCUUCUUUUUUUUUUUCCCUUGGGUUUGCCAUUAUUAUAUGAAAAAAUCCAAAUUUUCCGAGGGUGAAAUCUCUAUGGGGUUGUUUGUUUUGCUGAUUUUGGUUGAGAAUUUACGAUGGUACUGUCUCUGUUUCUUAUGAAUUCUAUAAAGUUUGUGUCUUUCUAGGGUUUUUGUUUGCCAUUGUGAAAUCAAAAGCCUGCAAUUGGAACUUUUAAUGGGGUACUCAAACAUGUUAAUUGUAGUGUUUCUUUCAUGGGUUUUCUUUAUCUCAAAUACCCAUCAAUUACAAAGUUAUGAAACUCAACUUCUUAUGCAGCUAAGGAAGCAUUUGGAGUACCCUUUACCAUUGGAAAUUUGGGGAAAUCAAAAUGGAGAUUUGUGUAGUUUGACUUCAACCCCAAAUAUGAGCAUCAAAUGCCAGGACAAUUCUGUCACAAAGCUCGAAAUUAAGGGAGAUAAGCUUUCCAAGGUUAGUGAAUUCAACGGAUAUCCAGUUCCCAAUCACACUCUAUCCAAGAAUUUUUCUAUUGAUUUUUUUGUUACUACAUUGACAAGAUUAACUACCUUAAAGGUUGUUAGUUUAGUGUCUCUGGGAAUUUGGGGACCAUUUCCUGAUAAAAUUCGUAGGUUGUCUUCACUUGAAUUUUUGGACAUGAGUUCAAAUUUUAUGUUUGGUUCUAUUCCACCUCAGUUAUCUAGACUGGUUAAGCUUCAAACCUUGACAUUGGAUAGGAACUUCUUCAAUGACACUCUCCCUAAUUGGUUGGAUUCAUUUUCAAAUCUCACAAUUCUGAGCGUGAAGAACAACAAGUUGAAGGGUCAGUUUCCCUCUUCAAUCUCCAAAAUCACAACACUCACUGAUAUUGCCUUGUCACACAAUAAGCUUUCUGGUAAAUUACCUGAUUUGAGUAGUUUAACUAGUCUGCGUUUAUUGGAUUUAAGAGGAAACCAUUUAAAUUCUGAACUACCUCUAAUGCCUAAAGGUUUGUCCACAGUUCUUCUGAGCAAGAACUCAUUCUCGGGUAAGAUUCCGGAACAAUAUGGCAAGCUAAACCAGCUUCAAUACCUUGACCUGUCUUUCAAUCUUUUGAGUGGAACACUGCCUUCUGCAUUGUUCUUUUUGCCAAACAUCACUUAUUUGAAUUUAGCAUCCAAUAUGCUGAGUGGGGCACUUUCCAGCCAAUUGAGUUGCGGGGUUGAACUUGGGUACAUUGAUAUAUCUUCGAACAGGUUGAUAGGUGCACUUCCUUCUUGCUUGGGCAAUACUUUGGAUGGUAGAGUUGUUAACUUCAGUGGGAAUUGCUUGUCCAAUGAUACUCAACAUCAGCAUCACAAGUCAUAUUGCAAAGAAGCAUCCAGGGGAAGAGAAAUAGGGCUGUUAGUUGGUGUCAUUGGAGGAACUGUUAUUAUUAUGGUACUCUUGGCACUUGGGCUUCUCAUUUUGCGUAAAAGGAACCGGACACUGGAGCAGCAUACAUUGCCAAUGACUCUGCAAGAUAAUUUCCAAGCAGGGAUUUCUUCUGAGCUACUCGCAAAUGCUAGGCUCAUUUCUCAAGCAGUGAAAAUAGGGACACGAGGAGCCCCAGCAUACCGAUUGUUUUCCUUAGAAGAGUUGGAAAAAGCCACAAGCAAUUUCGAUCAGUCAAUGUUCUUGGGUGAAGGUUCUAUUGGGAAGCUUUACAAGGGAAAAGUAGAGAAUGGGACUCAGGUUGCUGUACGAUCUCUGACUUUGUUUAGAAAAUAUUCAAUUCGAAACCUUAAACUUCGGUUGGAUUUACUUUCAAAGCUUCACCACCUGCAUCUGGUUGGCCUUUUGGGCCACUGCAUUGAUGAUAGUGGACAAGAUGAUUCUUUUAGUGGCAGAAUCUUCCUUGUAUAUGAAUAUAUGCCCAAUGGGAAUUUUCGCACCCGUCUCUCAGAAAGUUGUCCAGAGAAUGUUCUUAAGUGGUCAGACAGAUUGGCUGUUCUGGUCAGUGUUGCCAAGGCUGUGCACUUUUUACAUACUGGGGUAAUUCCUGCGUCUUUUAGCAACCGAUUGAAGACAAAUAAUAUAUUGCUUGACCAGCAUGGGAUUGCUAAGCUGAGUGACUAUGGAUUGUCCAUAAUCACAGACAGAAUUGAAAAGCUUGAGGUGAAGGAAGAUGACUCUAAAUCAUGGCAUAUAUCAAAGUUGGAGGAUGAUGUUUAUAACUUUGGUUUCAUAUUACUCGAAUCAAUUGCAGGGCCUAUAUCAAGUGGAAAAAGAGAAGCGUUUAUGCUAAAUGAAAUGGAAUCAUUUGGUAGUCUGGAAGGUCAUCUACAAAUUGUGGAUCCAAUUGUGUUAGCCACUUCUUUACAAGAGUCCUUAUCAAUUGUGAUAUCAAUCACCAAAAAAUGCAUAUCGCCUGAGUCAUCUACUCGUCCAUCUAUUGAGGAUGUCCUUUGGAACUUACAGUAUGCGAGUCAAGUCCAGGCGACGGCUGAUGCUGAUCAGAAACCAGAUGCUGCAUCACAGUCAUAAGUGCCAGACUGCUGUCACGUUUUGAGGGUCUCGCCAACAACUCUGCUCUUCGAACACCCAUCCUGAUCGAAUGGAGCCCAAGAGCAAGAGGAAGUGGUCAAAUUUACAUGACAUGGAGGCAUUUUAGCAACAACAUUCAUUCAUACCGUAGAAGCCUCUUUGCAAGUGUGGAAAAUUUCCAAGGGGGGCUAUUUUAGCACACAACACCACCCAUAAUCUGACUGUCCUCAUUUUGUACAUUUUAUGUAAAUUUGUAAAUUCAUUUCUAACAACUGUUGUUUAUGGAUUAUGGCUUCCUCUGAUACCUUUUUCUCUGAAGAAGACAUUGCAGUGAAAAUUGUUUCUGAGUUUUUUCAUUGUUA